GACAUCCGAAAUGAUUCAGAGAGAAAGGAAUAAAGGAAAUACGAAAGAUGCACAAUCAUUUCGACCGCAAUCUUUACGCAUAAACUACAAAAAAAUACCCUAUACCAUUCUUACACACCUACUCAGCUUGUAUUUUCAUUCAACUCGCAUCGUAAUCUUAUAAAUAGAAGCAAUCAGUCAUUUCCAUAAUAAUGUAAGGCUUCUCGUUGCCAAUGUGUGUGUGUGAUUUUCCUCCAUUGAAAAUGAGUGGAAAUUAUGGUGCAGUCGGAAAGUACCUAGUGUUUCUGUGCUGUUUAUUGUCUUCCGAACUGAGCAAUUUUUAUACUUCUGGUCAACAAGUCAACAUAGAAUGUAUCCCACUGACGAAUUGUCCAAUAGCAAUGAAAUUGGUCUCUACGAAGAAAUAUGCACCAGAAACGAUCAAAUUUUUAAGGAACUCUCACUGUGGCUCUUCUAAAGAAUUUGGACCUCUGAUUUGGUGCCCAAAUUUGAAUUCAUGCCAAACACCUGAUGGCAAAAAUGGUAGUUGCAUGGAUUUUCUACAAUGUCCAAGCCUUUUGGCUAAAUCAGUAUCAACAGCUGAACUGGAUAAAUACAGAUGCAAUGAAUAUUUGGAGAAUGCUUAUCACGUCUGCUGCACUAUUCAAUUCAACAGAUUCAACGAUGGGAAUUACGAUCCUGAGAAUAUCCAAGAUUUGAAUCGAGAAUCUCCGAACACCGAAGAAAUGCUGAGUGACCAGCCCACACACUCCACCAACGACCAAUACUCCAAAAAAACACAUCAUGACGGACCUCUAAAAAAUAGAAUAUACGAUGACUUCGUCUGGAAAGAUAUCUACCACUAUUGGACAGCCGAAGAUACAUAUAGACCUUGGACCAGCCCCAGCAGACACAACGAUUACCCUAACCAUGGAUCAGGAAUGGAUUGGAACAGAGACGGUACGAGUAGCAAGGUCUGGCCAAAGACUGAAUCAUCCACCUUCAGAAACAGUGAUCGAAGCUCUUGGAAACCGGAAAACUCCAGAACCUGGCCAUGGACAAGCCAUGAAACCACUACUACCUCUAACAUUGGUGGAGUUUGGUCUUGGGAACCAGAAGCUCCUAGAGGGUCUCCAACACCAACUCACACUUUGGAUGGCAACCAGCCGAGUACUACCACUGUAGUCCAAUGCAAUACCACUUCUAGACGUACUACAGAGCCUGCUAGUGAGAACCCUAGAAGAAUAAGCACACCAAGUUCAAUCUCUACAACAGACAAUAAUGACUCUAUCUUCAAAAACUCUUGGAAACCAGACAACUCCAGGACCUGGCCAUGGAAAAGCCAGGAAACCACUGCUGGCUCUAACAUUGGUGGAGUUUGGUCUUGGGAACCAGAAGCUCCUAGACGAUCACCAACACCAACUACGAAUGAUAUAAAUCAGCCUAGAUCCACCACUUUCAAUAAUACUCCUAGAACUACUACCGAGCCUUCUUAUGAAAAUCCUAGACGAUCAAGCACGCCAAGUUAUACCUCUACAACUGAAAAUACUGGCUCUACCUUCAAUAACAGUGAUCAAAACUCUUGGAAACCAGACGACUCCUGGACCUGGCCAUGGGAAAGCCAUGAAACCACUGCUAGCUCUAAUAUGGAAGGAGUUUGGACUUGGGACCCAGAAGUUCCUGGAGGGUCUCCAACACCAACUCACACUUCGGAUAUCAACCAGCCUAGCACUACCACUUCAGUCCAAUUCAAUACUACCUCUAGACCUAUUCCAGAGCCUUCAAAUGAAAACCCUAGAAGAUCGAGCACACCAAGGUCUACCUCUACAACCGACAGUAGUAAUUCUACCAUUCUGAAUAUCUACGAGGUGGAUACAUUCGCGAAUAUCUCGACGAUUUGUGGUAGGCAGACGGCGAAUAGUGACAAGAUCAUAGGUGGCAUUGCAGUGGAUCCUGGCGAUUAUCCUUGGAUGGCUCUGUUGGAGUACAGCAGCAACAAUGGAAGGAGGUUCGGGUGUGGUGGUACGCUGAUCAACAGGAGGUACGUUUUGACGGCUGCUCAUUGUGUCGAUAGGAGAGUUUUGCAGUCGAGGAGGAUGCAACUAUACCGAGUGUUAUUGGGCGAAUAUGAUACAAGAAACGUCACCGAUUGCAUUUAUACACCUUCUGGUGCCAACUGUGCUGAUCCACCUAUCUAUUUCGGGAUAGAAUCAGUUUUCCAACACGAGAGAUUCGACAAUGUGAAUGGGGUUGAAGAUAUCGCACUGAUAAGAUUGAACAGCGACGUUACAUUCACAGAUUACAUUAAGCCGAUUUGUCUCCCUACUGGAGAUUUCAACAUAAAACUCAACGAUUCUUUGACAGUGGUUGGAUGGGGUAGAACAUCUUCUACAGAUCGACCGAGCCCAGUGCUGAUGAAGGCCCGCUUGCCGCACGUGCCGAAAUCCGCGUGCGACCGAUACGGCUCGACGGCGUUGAGCUCCGCUCAGCUGUGCGCCGGCCUGGGCAACGGCGUCGACACGUGCACCGGCGACUCGGGCGGGCCGAUGAUGGUCGAACGCGUACGAGACUUCGAGCUGGUCGCCUAUCAGGUGGGUGUCGUGUCGUACGGAUACGCGACUGGAGAUGGAUGCGGGAACGCGCCGUCGGUCAACACGUAUGUGCCGCACUACGUCGAUUGGAUACGGAGGAACGUUCGAUAGUGAAAUCAAUCGACAAUCAAUCAUCUCCAUUAUCAAAUACUGUCUGUAGGUUAAUCGAGGGGGUGGUACAUUCAUUAUUCCAGAUUUUUUGGGAUUUUCUCUCUUCGUUUCUAUAAAAUAAAAUUAUGAAUAUUAUUUCCAUAUACGUGUAGGGCAAAUCAGAUGAUUUGCCCCAAAAUGUCACUGCGUUUAUAGUAAUUUCCCUAUCUUCUUUUCCAAUGAUUUUUAUAUUAUUCCACUCUGCCAUAAUAUGUGGUCCAUCUUCAGUAAGGAUAUGUUCAGCUAGUUUCGAUUUGUAGAUGUGUCUUUUCUUCAUAUUGUAUUCAUGUUCCUUCGUCCUUACUGAGAGAGGUCUCUUGGUUUCACCUGUAUAAAACUUUUCUCAAACACAAAGUAUAUUGUAAAUACAAUUUUUUGACGAUUGUUCUUCAUUUUUCGGUUUUGAUUGAGUUAGAAUUGAUCUCAUUAUAUUUUCAUUUUUGAAGACAGUUUUCACUUGAAAUUUAUCACCAACACGUUUUAAUUUUUCAGAUAUGCCGAGAAUGUAUAGUCUUAUAUUUUUCUUUAUUGAUGGUUGAUUUUGAUGUGGUCUUAUUGAUAAAAUUCUUUGGAAAGGAGUUGAGUUGGAGAACAUUUUAAAUGUGGUGGACUUCGUUAGAGAAAAUUUGUUGGUCAGAUGAUAUUGAUUUGGCUCUGUCAUGGAGUGAUUUGAUUAUUCCUUUCUUAAUACUUUUCUGAUGAUUUGAUUGAAAGUUCAGGUAUCUGUUAGUAUGGGUCUUUUCACGAUAUACACUUGUCACUGAGAACUGAAAAGUGUCAGGACACAUACGAAUUCGCAAUACAAAAAUCCAUUUCGGGAGCAGAUUCGUUUCCGAAACGCCCAAAGAUGAGUAGAAAUUUGAUAUUCUUUCUAUAUACCUUUAUUUCUCUUCUCCAAACCUUUUUCAAUAAAAAUUGUCACUGACAAGUUAGUAAAUUUUUCUUUCAGGCUCUCUGAUAGGAAAAUUCUUUAAACUCACUGACAUUUUGCAGCAAAUCAUCUGAUUUGUCCUUACUACACGUAUAUUGUAAUAAUAUUCAUAUGUUUAUUUUAUAGAGACGAGGAGAGAAAAUCCGAAAAUAUCUGGAAUAAUGAAUCUUCAAAUCAAAUUAUUGUUUCCUAGAAAUCGUGAACCGGAAUUUGGAAAUGAUCAGCUCCCAAAUCAACUUUUUAUUUUCAAAUGAAACACCUUGCACCCAUGAUUAUUACGUUUCUGGAUUCAACAUUCAACAGAUCGUAUAGUUAUUACGCAGUUCUAGGUAUAUCGUUCUCCAUAUUAAUAUUAUUUAUUAUGAUAAAAAUAAAUGAACAUAACCUUCACAGUUUU